CGCAGCCAGAGAUAGUUUUAGAGACGUAGCGAGACCUCCAGGAGCUUUUCUUUUUUCCCCUCCAGGCUCUCCAAAGUUUAGAAACUAAUUUAUCUACCGGAGGAAAGCAUCGUAUUUCCUACAUUUAUUAAUUUAAAGUCAGCUUUGUCUUCUUUUUCGUAAAACAUCUUUCGGUUUUGGAACAAAACCAUCGGUAGAGAGAGGAUCCACGAGUCUAACUUUGAUAAUUUCUGCUGAUGGAGCUGCUCUGACAUUGUUUGAAGCUGUAAGUGAAAGUGGGAAAGUCGUCGAACGUCCCGCCUCAGAACGUCGCACAGAUGUUUUCAUUGGGUCAGGAAAACUUCUCCACUGCUUCCACCAAAGGACCAGUCCGAUAUGGAGAGCUCAUCGUGCUGGGGUGUAACGGCUCUUUGCCGUCUGAGAAGGGGAGGAGAAAAAGCCGCUUUUCUCUGUGUCGCAGAAACAAGGCGAAUGGAGUGAAACCCAGCACCGUUCACACAUCCUGCACGCCUCAGGCCGCCAAGGCUGUCAGCAACAAGGAGCAGCACAGCAUAUCCUACACGCUGUCUCGGGCGCAGACCGUAGUGGUGGAGUACACCCAUGACAGCGACACAGACAUGUUUCAGAUUGGCCGUUCCACAGAGAGCCCCAUCGACUUUGUGGUCACAGACACAGUUCCUGCUGGCCAGAGCCUCGCCGAUGGUCAGACCAUUCAGAGCACCAUCUCCCGCUUUGCCUGUCGCAUCAUCUGCCAAAGGCACCCGCCUUACUCUGCGCGAAUCUACGCCGCCGGCUUCGACUCCUCCAAAAACAUCUUCCUCGGGGAGAAGGCAGCCAAAUGGAGAAUGCAAGACGGUCAGAUGGACGGACUGACCACAAACGGCGUUCUGGUGAUGCAUCCGCGGCAGGGUUUCACCGAGGGCUCCAGACCUGGUGUGUGGAGGGAAAUCUCUGUCUGCGGAAACGUCUUCAUGCUGCGAGAAACCAGGUCUGCUCAGCAGAGAGGCAAAAUGGUGGUUUCUGAGUACAACGAGCUUGUGGACGGCUCCUUGAUCGACCUCUGUGGGGCCACCCUCCUGUGGCGUACGGCAGAGGGCCUCGCUCGCACCCCCACCGUCAAACACCUGGAGGCGCUGCGGCAGGAUUUCAACGCUGGGCGGCCGCAGUGCCCGGUGGGCUUCAACACCCUGGCCUUCCCCAGCCUGCGCCGCAAGGACGUCUUGGACGAGAAGCAGCCGUGGGCGUACCUGCGCUGUGGCCAUGUCCACGGCUACCACUGCUGGGGAGGGCGGCGGGACCCCGAGGUGGAAGCGGAGUGCCAGGAGAGGGAGUGUCCCAUGUGUCGAGCUCCGGGACCCUACGUGCCGCUGUGGCUGGGCUGUGAGCCGGCCUUCUACGUGGACGCCGAGCCUCCCACCCACGCCUUCGUCCCCUGUGGGCACGUCUGCUCGGAGAAGACGACGGCGUACUGGAGUCAGAUCUCGCUGCCGCACGGCACCCACGCCUUCCACGCCGCCUGCCCGUUCUGCAUCCAUCCUCUCAGCGGAGAGACCGGCUUUGUCAGACUCAUCUUCCAGAGCCCACUGGACUAGACGCCCCUUUGACCUCUGUUUGAAGACGGAAGGGAACAGUUUUUAAAACUGAAACUGACUUCAUUAAACACAAAGUGCAUUUAUUGGGUAAAUUCCAGUUACUGUUUUAAAUAUUAAAUGUGUGUCUGCCAGCAAUCUCCUCUAGAGGUGGUUUUAUCUCAUGGAGCAGCUUCAGAAAAACUCUGGGAAGGUGGUGAAAAGCUUAAGUUGCCUUAUUCUAUUUAUUCUUUAGUGGGUUUUUCUAAAGCAGAGCAGAGAUGAACUGCAGUAGCACACAGGUGUGACCUUAGAGCUAACCUCAAGUUUUCCUAUUAAAACACUGGAU